UUCAAAUUUUAUUCAGGUUAGCCUCACCUCAAGACUGGCCAUGACUUCAAAAAGACUUGCUUCUUGAGAUCAUCAAGACGCAGCGUACAGGUUAAACCGUUAAAAGGAAAAAAAAAAAAAAGACUUAACAUAUAUAUAUAAUAGAGAAAAAUUAGAGUGCGAGAAAAUCAAGAAAAAAUAAUUUGUUGGAGGCGAGACAACACAACAAUGAGUUUCUCGGUGGUCUUAUUCCACAAUCCUCACUCUGCAACACCAACAUUACCCACUACCAUCUGCACAAUCUCAUCAUCUUCUUCAUCUUUCAGACCAAGAAAAACUCCUUCUUCUUCAACUAAUCGCAUCUUCCCCAUUAAUCAACCUAAACCAUUAAUCAAAAAGCUUCAAAUCGAAACCCUAGCCGCCAGAGACACAAUCAUAGAUUUCGGCAAACACAAGGGCAAAAUGCUCGGUUCUUUGCCUUCUUCUUACCUCAAAUGGGUCUCUAAGAAUCUUCGCGCAGGAGAUUCUGAGUUCUGGGCAAAGCUUGCGGACGAAGUGCUCGAGGACGAUGUUUAUAAAGAUAGGACUGAGUGGGAAUUUGCAGAGAAAAUCCUCCGUGGAAGUGAUGAGAGCAUGAAGGCUUUGACCUCUGUGAGGAAGAACGGAGAAGAGGCAAACUCUGUCUCGAUGUUGUUGGAGAUUAGUGAGAGAUUUGGUUGGGAUAAUGAAGAUAAGAUUGGUUGGAGCAAAAUCAAUUUCGAGCUUUUGGGGACAAGCAAAGGUGGUCGGAUUCCUAGGUUAAGGCAGAGUAGAGAAGAAGACGAAGAGAGACGCGAGAUGGUAAGAAGAAGAGAGAUUAACAAGAAGGAGAAAGAGGAAGAUGGUAAUGGAUGGAGGAGAAGAGAGAGGAGAGAGAGGCUGAGGCAGAGUUUGGGGAGAGAAAAAGAAGCCGGCGAUGAUGGCAAGACGGUGAAUAGGAGUGACCAGAAGGGUAUUUUGGGGAAAUUAGAAAAUAUAGAGAAGCAACUUGAGCCAAAGAUUUAUAGUCCUUUUCCAGGUCGUGAGAGUCUGUUGAAGAAAGUGAUGAACAAGAGAGGCAUUCAAUGACAAUUUCUAAAUCUGUUAAUCUCGUUACAUUUCACAGAUUCAUUAAAAGCAAAGAAAGGAAUCUCCUUUGU